AUGCCCCGCUAUGCCCCCACUGCCCCUCGCUCACCCCGUCCCUCUGCAGGGCAGGAGCUGUCCGACUGCACCCCAGGCUGGGUGCCCGUCAGCGGGGGCUGCCUCGGCUUCUUCCCCUGGGAGCUGAGCUGGAGCAGGGCCGAGGUAAGGGGCUGCAGGGCACGAUGCGGGCGGCAGCUGGGCUCUGCGGCCCUGGGGGGUCGUGUCACAGCGUCCUGGGGCCACCCCAGGACGGGGACCCUCUCCAAGGGCUCCCUUCCCUCGCCGGACCGGCUGCCACCACUGUGGCACUGCUGCUCUGCGCCAAGGCAGAGCACACAGGGGUGCCAGGCACCACGCGUCCCCACAUCCCCACAGCCCCGGCACUGCUCCCACCGCCCUCCUCCUGGGGAGGUGGGGGCCGGGGUCACGCUGCCCUCCCUGCUGCAGGCCUUCUGCCGGCGCUUCGGCUCCGGGACCCACCUGGCCUCGGUGCACAGCGAGGAGGAGCUGCAGGCCGUGGUGGACCUGCUCUUCUCCUCCCGCUCCAGCGACGCCAGCGAGGAGGAGCUGGACGAGGAGGUCUGGAUCGGCCUCCACCGGCCUCCGCGGAGCCGCAGCUGGCAGUGGUCGGACGGCACGGCGGUGGCGUACAACUCCUGGCACCGGGCGGCCCUCAGCAGGCGGAGAGCCUGCGCCGCGCUGCAAGACUCCACGGGUGAGCCCGGCACCGGGGCACCGCCACCGGCGGCACCGCCACCAGCAACACCGCCACCGUGCGCGGCACUGACCGAGCCCCGCAGCCUCGUGGCCAUGGCUGGGGCGGUCCUUGGGUGGCUUGUGCAUGCACACACAGAUACGUGCACACACAUGGGCGUGCUCUGUGAGCACACGUGCAUGCUGCCAACAUGAAUACAUGUGCCCACAGCCCCACUGUGCACGCCUGCCCACUACAUGUGCACAUAUGCACACAAGUGCACAUACACACUGCAUGCACAGGUGCUCAUCAUUUGCACACAUGCACACACCCCCAGAUGUGUGCACACACACACAGAUAUGUGCACACACACGCACGUGCCCACACUCGCUCGGUGCCCUGGGCUGGCAACCGCAGGACCUGGCCCUGCGCGUGCCGGGGCCCGGUGCUGGCUGCCGGCGGGGUGGGCUGUGCUGGGGGGUCACGGCGCCUUUCCCUUCCAGAUUUCACCACGUGGGAAGCAGAAGCCUGCAGCGACAGAAAACCCUUCAUCUGCAAGUCCCUCUCCUAGAGCAACACAGUGCCUGCACUGCCCGCAGCACCCGCGGUGCCCGCAGUGCC